UUCAGACCCCUCAUGUCUUCAUUCUCACUCGAGGGCUCGAGCGAUGGCACACAUCUGUCUGGAGGGUCAGUACAUGGACAGGCUGCUGAGGAACUGCAUGCCCUGCAGCAAGAUCUGUCACGACUCUAGGCAGCUGGUACCCCGCUGCUCUCAGUACUGCGUGGCCUGGAGCUGUAAAGCCGUGUCCGGUCAGUUCUACGACACGCUGCUGAAGAAGUGUCUGAAGUGCUCCGAGCUGUGUGGCACUCAUCCAGAGGCCUGCGCAGACGCCUGCAGGAGCAGAGGAGCGGAGAUCGGGACGCAGAGGCCGCUUCUCCCCGGCAGAGGGCGCCCCGUGUCCGGAUCAGCGCUGUACUCGGAGGCGCUGCUUUACUCGCUGCUAGGCCUCUGCAUCAUAGUGCUGAUGUUCACACUGACCGCUGCUGUCCUUCUGCUGCUCAAGAGAGCUGCUCAAGAGAGCCAGCAACAGCUGGACACCAAGAAACAACAGCCCAAUAAACUCGGACAAUCCUCCGAAGAUUCUCUGAUGGCUCGGUCAGAUGAAGUGACUCAGGAGGGCAGCGUGACUCAGGAGCGGCCGAGGGCCACAGAAACCUGCGUCUACUGUUUCUCCGAGCACUCGGACCCGCUCCACACACACAGGGAUAAGAGCCGAGCGCUCCGGAUCAUCUGCUCGCCGACGCAGACCAGCAUGUGAAGCGAGGACUGUACGCAUGACAGAAUUCCUAUGGAAAAGUAACUUCAGCUUAGUUUUAAUAAAUGCUGUAUUUUUACACA